AUGAUAUUUCACUUUUUGCUUCUGGCUCUAGCCUGUGUUGCAGAAAAGGUAGAAUUGACCGCAAAUGCGGCUGAGUAUUGUACAGGCAUGUACUCGAGACAAGACUGGGGAGGACCAGUGGAUCCGUUCAUUAAAGUCGACGUCAAGAAGUUUUCCAAGAACCCCGAUGACACCCAUCCUCUUUCUUUGGUUGUGUUCGAAUAUCGCGACAUGGACUAUCUAGGUACUACAGAUAAUGUCACAGGGGUAACAAAUUACAUCUGCACAGACAAGUUUGUGAGGGAAGACGUUUGCCCCAAGUCUGAACUAAAUCAAUUUAUCGUGUCCUCUAAUAACUCCGGCAAUAGUUUGAUAAAAACCGCUGUUCUUACCGAACUUGGUACCAAUGACUUCAGUUAUCACGUUGCAAACACUGGCUAUUACUGUCUUGCCGUCUACGAUCCCCAAUACUCUUCCUCUGAGGGGUCUUUUAGCGUGAUCGUCAAUUUCCAUAACGCCUUUGGCAACCUUCCAGCUUCGGAAAUUCCGAAAUUACCUCUAUAUGGACUUCUGGCCGUCGUUUAUGCUGUGUGUUUGAGCGUUUACCUGUUUCAAGUGUUUAAACACCGCUCGGAGUUGCUAUUGCUCCAAAAAUACCUGGCUGGAUUUUUUGUCUUCCUUACGGUCGAAAAUAUCCUUGUUUGGUCUCUCUACGACGUUGAGAAUAACAACAAGACGUUCCCAAUCCCUAAUGGGAUCAAAUUCUACAUCUCAUUCAUCUCGAUGCUCAAUGCUUUCAGGGUGUCAUUCUCGCUGUUUUUGUUGCUCAUCAUCUCGUUAGGCUACGGUGUUGUCUACCCAAAGCUUCAGCGCAAAACUAUGAACAAGUGCAAGCUACUUGCUGCAGCUCAUUUCCUAGUCAGCACUGUCUUUAUCUGGUUCUCGUACUAUUCAAGUCAGGUCCAACCUUCCGGUUCGACCACAAACACAUCCAAAGCUACAACUACCAUUGAAGCAAACUCUUGGGUCAUCCUCAUCAUUACUCUGCCACUUGCUGUUUUGCUUGUGGUGUUCUACUUCUUGAUCCUCACCUCUUUACAGAAAACAGUUAAGCUUUUAGCUGAAAAGAAGCAAAUUGUCAAGCUCAAGAUGUACAAGAAUCUAUUUAAGCUGAUUUUCGGCUCCAUGCUUCUUAUGGUGUUUGCUCUUAUUAUCAACGUCGUUCUUGUUUUCAACGACUCGCUCACGGAAUCGAUCGAAAGAUUGUGGAAAUUCAGCGACGUUCUGACAGACUUCUGGCCAGCUUGUAUUUAUUUCAUUGUGUUCAUUGGAUUAGCCAUAAUUUGGAGGCCUACAGACUCAUCCUAUCUUUUAGCUGCUUCGUCGCAAAUCCCAACGGCCGAUAAUGGGGAUGCGGAUCCAGAAGAACCGCAAGAAAUCUACAACAAUCUCGAUCAGUAUGGAAAUGAAUUCGAGUUUGACGACUUGCGCAGCCUCAACAGUGAUAACCCAUUCGGAGAUCCGCCGGAGAGUCUGCCAACUCCAGAAAACCCGUUUGAUGAUCCCGUGCAGAAGCCGAGCGGAGAUAACUUCAAAAUAGAUGACGAUGAGGAGGAGCAGGAAGACAAGGAAAAGACCGAUGACAGUAAAGAUAAAUAG